AUGCUGUUGCUCUUGAAGCUGCCAUACGAGCUACUGCAGCUGAUCUUGGAAUACCAAGACUCUCGAAGCGACAUCAACGCGCUCAUUCGAACUUGCCGCUACCUGUACAACACUUUCAAUGCUUACCUGUACCAGUAUGACAUGAAGCAUCACCGCCGUUCGGCGUUGUUCUUCGCUGCUAAUCGAGGAAUCGCUGCCACGGCGGCACACUCAUUGAGGGCAGGUCCAUAUACUGAGGUCUGGGACUGGUCCAACAACACCCUGAUGAUGGUAGCUGCGAUAAACAAUCACACAAGCGUCGUUAGCCAGAUCCUCAAGGCUGCCGACAUUGAGCUCGUUGUCGACCUAAGACGCUGGUAUCGUAUCCCUCUCUCGGAUGCGGCCUGCCAUGCUUCACUGAAAACAGUCAAGUUACUACUUGACCACGGGGCGAAGAUUGAGCCACAAAACCCUGACUGGAGAAGCCCCCUAAUACUAGCGGCAACAAAUGGCCACUACGGUUCAGCGAAGGUGCUUCUCGAAUGCGGGGCAGCUGUAGGAGCAAAAGACCGAAACGGCCGGACGGCGCUCGCCUGGGCGGCUGAGCAGGGGCGGCUGGAUGUCGUUGACUUGCUGCUGGAAUAUGGAGCGGAAGUGGACUCUGCCACCGUCAUCGACACAACACCGCUUGUUCUGGCUGCGAAGAACGGCCAUGAUGAGAUAGUUGAGAGGUUGCUUGAGGUUGGAGCCGACCCGAACGUCAGAAGUUCCACCGGAUGGACUUGCCUGCAUUUUGCAGCGUCUCAGCGUCCCCAUAUAUCGGUCAUCAAACGGUUGUUGGAAGCAGGCAGUGAUCCAACUGCCAUAGUUUUUGGUAACUUCCGCACGGGCGCGACUCCUGCAGACCUUGCACAUCCAUCUGGGACGUCAACCGCGAUCACGAAAGAGAUAUGGAAGCUGGAAGAGAUAUAUAACCUGCUGAACGCUGCCCAGAGGAAUGCUAGGCGAGUGUUAUGA